AUGGAAGCAGCGGCAGCUCCUGCCCCCUGCUGGAGCGGGGGAAGUGGCAGGGCCCGGAGGCUGCGUCGCUGCUCGCGGCGGGACCGCGAGAGCCGCCGGAGCCAACGUCGGGGGGGACGCCCAGGGGAGCCCGCCCACCGGGGCAUCCUCUCCUCCUCCUCAGACUCAGAGAGCGAAGGUCCCGCCCCGCCGGCCCCUGUGGCGCCCGGUAAGCCCCGGCGCCGGCCCUUGCGCCGGAGGACGAGGCCAUCAGGCUCCUCCUGCAGCCAUGAGGAGGAGGAGGAGGAGGAAGAGGAUCUGAUUGACGGCUUCGCCAUUGCUAGUUUCAUCAGUCUGGAGGCACUGGAGAAGGACACGACACUGAGGACCCCCGAGCGGCUGGAGCAUCGGCUGAAGCACUCGGGGAAGCGGAAGCGGGACGAGGGGAGCGGCUCAGAGGAGGAGGAGGGCCGUGAUGAGAGCUCAGAGAAGGGGUGUGGGCGGCAUGCGGGGGAGCGGGCGCUGAGGAGACGCAGCAAGAGGAGGAGGAAAGAGGCCUCCCUCCGCUCCUACUUGGAAACAGGAUACAUAUGCGACAUGGAGAGUGACCCAGGGGAGCAGGCCUCCAAUGAUGACCUGGAUCAAUCGUUCACUGUUUCAACCAACAAAGCCUCGGGCCCAGUUGGUGCCGUGAACGGGAGCUGUGCAGCCAAACUCUCUGUGAUCCCCAAGGUCUCAGGGCUGGAGCGGAGCCAGGAGCGGAGCCACGAGGCCGACGGGGACCCCCUGCUAGUGCCUUUCCUGCCCAAGGACCCCCUUUCUCAGGCAGCCCUAGCCCUCCCUGUGGCCCCGGCCCGGCCCCCUACUCCUCCAGCCCCGCCGCCCUCCCGGACACCCAACCCGGCUGCUGCCCGCACCACGCCCCAGCCCCGGGGCCAGCCGCCAGCGCCGCAGGGGGGCCAGGCACCCCACGGCCUGCCCCAGCCCACUGUGCAUGGGAAGGGAGCGCCCUUCGCCAGCCCCACGCCGCCGGGGCCCUAUGGAGCAGGGCUGGACCUCAGCAUCGCCGGGUGCAGCCGGAGCAGCGCACACGCCAAGCCCCUGCUGCCCCCGUGCUCCUCCUCCUCGCAGCUUCCUCCCCGCCCCUCCACCCCCUCGCUGGCCCUGCCCCCCCACGUCUUCCCUUCCACCCUGCGCCCCCCCACCCACCAUCACCCACCCCUCUUCCCCCCCUCUCCGGGCCUGCCCCCACCACCCCCUCUGCUCCAGGUCGCCGGGCACCCGGCCGCAGCCGCAGCCUUAACCGAACAAGAGCUGAUCCGGCAGGGCCUGAGCUCACGGUUCCUGACGGCACAGGGCGGGGCCGACAUGGGGGCAGCCGCCAUCCGCCCGCUGGCCUUCCAGUUCCACCAGCACAACCACCAGCACCAGCACACCCACCAGCACACGCACCAGCACUUCACCCCCUUCCCGCCGGGCAUGAUGCCCGCCCCCGCCAUGUUUGAGAAAUACCCAGGCAAGAUUGAUGGGCUUCUGAGGCAUAAUUUCUAUGCCACGUUCCCUCCCGUGUCUGGGAUCCAACCUGUCCUGCCCCCUGCUGUUUCCUUUGGCUCCCUGCAGGGGGCUUUUCAGCCUAAGAGCACUAACCCAGAGCUGCCAUCGCGGCUGGGAGCUGUCGCCCCCUCUUUGUCCCAGAAAGGGGGUCAGCUCACAGACCAUUUCAGACCCUCCCUGAGGAAGCCUGGCAAAUGGUGCUCCAUGCACGUCCGCGUGGCCUACAUGAUCCUGCGGCACCAGGAGAAGAUGAAGCUGAUGCAGGGUGAUCCCCACAAGCUGGAUUUCCGGAACGACUUGAUCACCUGCCUUCCUGGCACAGGGACCUUUGGAAGCCUCGCUCAUGGCCAAGAGCUCACGCGCCCAGCCACGCUUUUUACCCCCGCAGGCGCCGUCCAGGCAAGCUCUGGUGCCUCCUUUGGGCCUCCCAGCGCGCCACAUAGCUCUUUCCUGGGCCCCAGCGCACACAUUGAUCCCUUCAGCCGCCCCACCAGCUUCCCCAUGGCACUCUCCAACGGGGCCUUCGGGGGCCUGGGGAACCCCGCCUUCAACUCCAGCUCCAUGUUCGGGCAGAAGGACAGCCCCGGGGCCCAGGCCUACGGCAGCCCCCACGACCCAUGGAACCGGCUGCACCGCACGCCCCCCUCCUUCCCCACUGCCCCCGCCUGGCCCAAAGGGGGUGCCGGUGAUGCAGCUGAGCGCGGGCCGGCCCAGCACGACAAGGAGCCGGACAAGCGGGAGGUGCCUGCCAUAAAGGACGAGAAGGACAGGGACACCCUCUUCUCCAGGCCCCCCCCUCGUGCCUCGCCGGCGCCCCUCCCCACUAAGCACCCCGCCUCCCUGGGGCUGGAAGACGGCCCCAUGCGGGCACACAGCGAGCCAGGCCGGGAGCAGCGUUACGGCAGCCCAGUGGGGGGCCGAGCCUCACGCUCACCCUACCCUGACCCUGUCCUCAAGAAGGAAGUGAAGGUGAAGGAGGAGCCGGAGCUGGGUGUCCUGGAGGGGGCACUACGGGCGGGCGGGCCCUUUCCCGGGGCUCUGCAUGUCCCCCACUCGCUGGGGCCACUGGCCGUCUUCGAGCGGCCACCGUACCUGGUGGCUGGGCCGGCCCCUGGAUCCCCCUAUGCCACCCUCGAGGCCUGGCGGGAGCCCUACGCCCUGCCCCGCUACCUGGAGCGUGAGCUGCCCGAGGACUACGAGCGCGCCCGGCUCUAUGGGCUGGGGCCGCACCCCCCGGGGCUGCUGACCUACCCCCGCCAUGCCGCGCUGCUGGCCAAAGCCCCACCCCCAGAGGGGUUGCUUGGUGCCCCUCCGCCCCUCAUCCCUGCCGUGCCCGGCGCCCGGCCCAGUUCCCCCCGCCGUGCCCCGGACCUCAGAGAGCUCACCACCGCCUACAAGGACCGGGACUCCAGAUAA